AUGGCCCAAUACGACUACUGGCCUCGCUACGGGUUAGAAAACUACUCUGUGAUCCUUCCACUCGAGGAGACCUUCAAUCCCGUUAAUUCAACACAAUGGAUGCAGAGGAAUUGGCAUCACUCGAUCACCGGCUCAAUAAUCUAUGUUGUUCUCAUUUUUCUCGGCAAAAAGUUAAUGGAAAAUCGCAAACCGUUCGAUUUCACCAACGCGUUGUUCGCGUGGAAUUCGCUUCUCGCCGUCUUCUCGAUUCUCGGCUUCGUCCGAAUGACACCCGAAUGGAUUUGGAGUUGGGCCGGUGAAGGAAAUUCGUUCAAAUACUCCGUGUGCACCGCCUCGUUCGCGCAAGGCGUCACCGGCUUCUGGACGGAACAAUUCGCGAUGAGCAAAAUCGCCGAGUUCGUCGACACCGCGUUCAUUGUGCUCCGCAAACGGCCGCUCAUCUUCCUCCAUUGGUACCAUCACGUCACCGUCACCAUUUACACGUGGCACGCCUACAAGGACCACACCGCGUCGGGCCGCUGGUUCAUCUGGAUGAACUACGGUGUGCAUUCGGUCAUGUACAGCUAUUACGCGCUGCGCUCGAAGAAAAUUCGCCUUCCCAAACAAUUGGCGAUGGUGAUCACAAUCCUUCAAAUUGCUCAAAUGGUCAUGGGCGUUCUGAUUGGAAUCACCGUCUAUCGUGUUAAGGCCGCCGGUGGCGCUUGCCAACAAUCAUUCGAGAACCUCUGGCUCUGUUUCGCCAUCUACUUCUCAUAUUUCUUGCUCUUCUGCAAUUUCUUCUAUCACGCCUACUUGAAGAAGAACAAUCGCUACGUCGAAUUGAACAAGAAGAAGGUCGACGAUAAACCCGAGGACGAGAAUUUGGAGAUCAACAAAAAAUGCGAUAUCAAUGCGAACAUCUCAACCGAGGACAUCAACAAUUCAACGCCAUCGAUGUCGACACGCGGAGCAGCGGCUCGCCGACGAGCUCAGAAAGCUGAUUAA